CCUCACCCCCCAUGCAGCGAGUGCCGGGGCAGGGAGAUGCACGAUUUUCCCGGGGCUGAAUCUUGGUGUUUCUGAGCUUUAUUGGGCUGAAUGUUGGUGCUUUGUUUUUUUGUGGGGGCUGAAUCUUUCUGUUUUGGGAGGAUAUCAGCUUUUUGGUGUUUUGGAAGUUUUUGAUCUCUUUUGAUGUUUGGAGGAUGUUGGUGCUGAAUCUUGGUGUCCUGGAGGUUCUUUCAGACACAAGAUGCCCAUUGACUUCCUGAGAGCACCUUGGGCAAGGAGGUACCCCCAGCCCAAAGUGCUCUCCUCUUGUUUUUUCCUCCAAACCAGGAUUUUUCAUUCCUAAGCAGUGGCUGGAUGGAGGAGGUGGAAAAGCCCUGGAGAAGCCGCAUGAGAAGGGUCUGCAAACCCAGCCCAGGGAGCUGCGAGGAGGAAAGAUCCCGCCUAUGCCAGGAACAUGGCCAGAGAUCCAGCCAGAGCUCAGAGCUGGGGGAGAAGCCCCUGGUGGGGAGAAGCCCUGCAACUGCUUGGAAUGUGGGAAGGGUUUCAGGUACAGGUGCGAGCUGAUCCAGGACCAGGUGAUUCACACUGGGGAAAAGCCCUACAAGUGUGGGGAAUGUGGGAUGAGCUUCAGCUACAUCUCCUACCUGAGGGAACACCAGAGGAUCCACACUGGGGAAAAGCCCUACGAGUGUGGAAAAUGUGGGAAGUGCUUCAGCAAGAGGUCCAACCUGAGGGCACACCAGGUGAUCCACACAGGGGAACGGCCCUACACCUGCUUGGAAUGUGGGAAAAGCUUUGGGUGGAGCUCUGACCUGAGAAAACACCAGCUCAUCCACACUGGGGAGAGGCCCUACGAGUAUCCCGAGUGUGGGAAGAGGUUUCAGCGCAGCUCCACUGUCAUCAGACAUGAGCGGAUUCACACAGACGAGAGGCCCUUCCGCUGCCCCGACUGCGGGAAGAGCUUCAACCGCAACUCCACCCUCACUCUCCACCGGCGCAUCCACACUGGGGAGAGGCCCUACGAGUGUCCCCAGUGUGGGAAGAGCUUCUCACAGAGCUCUCACUUGACCCAACACCAACGGAGGCACCAGUAAGGGAAGCCCUGCGAGUGCCCCGAGUGCGGGAAGAGCUUCGUGCGCUGCUCCAGCUCCAUCCCCCAUGGGAGGAUGGGCAUUGGAUGAUCCCCAGUGACCCCCGUUGGGCAGAGCCCUGGUGAUCCGUGGUCCUGGUGAUGCGUGUUGGGAAGACACCUGGCUGGGAGGCUCCACAUCUUCCUGGCUCCCUGUGGGCGCCUGGAUGAAAGCAGGGGAAUGAAAAUCCAUCAGGACACAGACCAACAAUAGGAAUUCCUUGAGGAGACUGGAUUUGUUGACUUUCAAUCCUAGAGAACCUUUUGUCGCUGCCUCAGGAGCUCUGUUGGCAGAGAAAAGGGGGUGACACCGGGCAUGGGGGCCCAGAGGGAACACACAUGCUCUGGGGGGGGGGAAAUCCAAACUUAGGGACCCCGUCUCACAUUCUUGCUCAGGUAGAUGCUGAGCCCCAGAACCAGGAAGACGAAACCCAACAUGGAGACUCCAAUCUCCGUCAGCAUCUUACUGCAGGUGGCAUUUCAUGGCGUCCCUGGGGCAACUGCAGAGGGCAGGACCCCCAAAACCUCUCACAGACCCCACAGGUACCUCAAAGGACCCUCUCAGUCUCCCCCAGCCUGCCCAGGACCCUCUGGAACCUCCUUUGGACUAACUAAUUUUAAAAAAUCAGGUAUUUUAGAAAAUUUGGAGAUGUCAGCUAGAGACAGGCCUUGCUGGAACUAGUUAGAGUUAAUGAUGAAGUGAGAAGCAGGAUUUGAGAUAAUGAAUCUCAGACUUAGGUAAAAAAUUACUUGUCAUUGUAUGUUUGUUUAGAUGUGCUUAUAAUGAGAAAAGAGAAACUGAUAAACGGGUUCAGGAAGAUCACAGACCUUACAUCUGGAAACCCAUUUCAAAGUCACAAGGGAGGAAACUGGAGUUGUACCAAAUGUCAUUUGUAAUGUCAACCAUUGUAAAGGUAGAAAGGUGAGAGUGAGGAAGAGCCGUUUUCCUUCAUCUCUUGAUGACCCCUCCUCACCAAAACGACCCCCUCCUCAAAUUGGGGAGCCAACCACGCAGUUGUAAUGACAUUUUAAACUGAUUACAGUGCAUUUUAAUCCAAAGUGGGGAAUGGGAAGUGUUAGCAUUAUGCAUAUGUAUUAGUAUUAAUAAGUAUUAGUAUUUUGGAUAUUCAAGACUUUUGUAAAUAAAUAGACACUGGAAUCUUUUGUCAGCUUGCAGUGCAUAUUAAGGGGUGACUCCCGCACUCGCCCAGUGCUGUGAUUAAACAUCCACUGUGUAACUUUAAA